AUGUAUGCACCCGAACAGGGUGGAUUUUACAGGCUUUACCAUGAUAUCAAGCUAGUGUGUACUAUGCUUAUUCAUUAUUACUCUCAGGGAACUAGAAAUUAUCAAAUGGUCGACAAGUUCUAUAAGUUUGCCAUAGAGUUGAUACUGAGAGAAUGUUACAAACUCGGUAUUUCACUCAACAACGGCAAAACAGAUACCAGCUUGGUGACUGAUACGGAAACAGAGCUUGACAGCGUGAUUGCACAUGACUUCAUCAAGAUUUCCACUAAUUACAAGGUUCCAGUGGCAGAGACAUACUAUAUCAAAACGAGGGAGCUGGAACUUUUCUCCUCGAUGAUUGCAAAAUCUAAUCUGGACAAUAGGCCACAAGAGCUGCCCAAUAGCAACUUCGAGAUAAACAAAGUCAUACCUCAGACAAAUAUCUGUGAAGAGGCUCCCAAAUUAGGUUUUGUCGCCGCCAAUACCAGUAACAUACCCGAUCCGACAUUACCUCCGACAGAGAUGAUGACCAGAUUUUUGCAUCCUAAUUGGUAUGCUCUACCGACAACGAUGUGGUUGAAAUAUGGCGAUUACAAGCCGUGGGCCCCAUCUUUCAACGAAAAUGGCACAGUCAUCGAUUCAACCACGCGCGGUAUCAUAUGGUUGCAGAGAGUCGGUUACUUACAGAUAUACCAGGACGCAGAGAACAAUGCUGCAGAGGAUAAGAAAGAAGGGUCAAGGGAACCUAUGGAUAAAACAAAAUUAGAGGAUAAUCUGCAUGAAGGGAAAGAGGAGGGUGCGUUGCUGAAUGGUGAGUCUAGUACAGUUGACAAUAAGGAGGAGAUGAAAGAUGAAGACCAAAAGGCGGCCUUUGACGAUGCUGAGAAACCACUCGCUCAGCAACAUUCUAUCAAACUGGAAAAUCUUUUUGAUUGGAAGCCUUCCAACUAUAUUGAUGACGAUGAAAUUGACGGUUUCAAAGACGGCACACAGGCCCAACUUGUCACAUCAAUCCUUCUGCAAAUUCGGAACCUGAGAAAAGACAGAGUAAUGAAUAAAAUUAUCAAGCCAUCCGCUGAAGAGGUAAAGCUUUACAACAAGGCUCGCAGGCUCUUGAAAGAGGUUGUGUUAGCAAAACAAGUUAAAGAGUUACCAAUGAAGCAUUGCAGAUCCUUCCCCGUGCUUCAAGCUAAUUACAAUGGUAGUAUACCCGUGGUGAGACUGCAGCCUACGAGGAAGAGAAAAUCGAAAAAAUAA